AUGUUGGGUCGCGCAGCACCAGGGGUCUGCCAAGUGGUGGCUUUGGCCAACCAGCAGCAGAACAGGAACAUGGCUACCCUGAAAGCCAUUUCCAUCCGUCUGAAGUCUGUAAAGAACAUUCAGAAAAUCACCCAAUCCAUGAAGAUGGUGUCAGCUGCUAAGUACACUCGUGCUGAGCGUGACCUCAAGGCCGCUCGCCCCUACGGCGAGGGUGCCGUCCAGUUCUAUGAAAGGGCUGAGGUCGCCCCACCGGAGGAUGACCCUAAGCAGCUGUACAUCGCCAUGACCUCCGACAGAGGUCUCUGCGGUGCUGUCCACACGGGUGUGUCGAAGGUGAUCCGCACCCGUCUGGCCGAGCCCGGCGCGGAGAACAUCAAGGUCAUCUGUGUCGGAGACAAGUCGCGCGGUAUCCUGCAGCGACUCUACGGGAAACACAUCAUCAGUGUGUGCAAUGAGAUCGGUCGCCUGCCCCCGACCUUCAACGACGCCUGCAAGAUCGCGAGCGCUAUCCUGGAGUCUGGGUACGAGUUCGCGUCCGGCAAGAUCAUCUACAACAAGUUCCGCUCCGUCGUCUCCUACCAGCAGUCUGAUCUGCCACUCUUCAGCCAGAAGGCUGUUGAGAGCGCCCCCAAGCUCGCGACCUACGACUCAUUGGACGCCGAUGUGAUCCAAUCCUACAUGGAAUUCUCUCUCGCUUCCAUGUUGUUCUACGCUCUCAAGGAAGGAGCCUGCUCCGAACAAUCGUCCCGUAUGACUGCCAUGGACAACGCGUCCAAGAACGCCGGGGAGAUGAUUGACAAACUGACCCUCACUUUCAACAGGACCCGUCAAGCCGUCAUCACCCGAGAACUUAUCGAGAUCAUCUCCGGUGCCGCUGCCCUCGACUAA